UUUACUAAAUUUAACUUUAAAGAUCGAUGUAAAAUCAGAUUGGAUAUUUCUAUCUGCCAGAAAAUGAGAUCCGUUCAUGUCCAUCACACAUUAUGGACAACGACGGUAUCCAUUACCAAGAUAAACACGGAGGCACAGAGACAUUUAAAACAACAGUACCAACCCAACUCAUUCCAUUUCCACCAUAUUUACUCCAAAGCAGUGUACGAAGGAGGUUUAAAGAAAGACCCAUGUCACUGAUUCGGCGAAUGACCGGCGGGAGGCGGCGAAGAAACAUGUUCUUCGACCCCUUCGUAUUGGAGAAUUGGGAUUCAUCUGAAGAAACAGCCUCUGCUUUCAUGGUCACUCAAAUCGACUGGAAAGAGACGCCAAAUGCUCACAUCUUCAAGGCGGAUCUUCCUGGUUUGAAAAUAGAAGAAGUGAACAUGGAUGUUAAUGAAGCCAAAAUUCUGGAGUUGAGUGGUGAGAGAAUGAAGGAGACAAAGGAGGAGAGCGAAGAGUGGCACAGAGUGGAGCGGAGGAGUGGUAAGUUCUUGAGGAGAUUCAGAUUGCCGGAGAAUGUCAAAGUGGAGGACAUAAAUGUAAGCAUGGAGGAUGGGAUUUUGACGGUGAUUGUGCCCAAAAUUGAAGGCGUAAAGCCUGAAAUCAAAUCCAUUGCAAUCUCUUAAUACAUAUGUAACAAUCGUGUUAUGUUCUGUUCUGUUGAAUGAAAAACUCUUUAUCCCAUAACUCUAUGCGAUUCAGAUUGCCGGAGACUUCAAAUUUUUGUAUUUAAUACUCUGGUAUGGAUAUCAAAGUCAAUGUGUUCAUUUA